AUGCAACUUUUGCCUUCAGUAUGGCAGACUUUCAUUAAACAAGGAACAAAGCAAGAAGAGGCAAUUGAUCCGGCUAUGGAGAACCUGAAAUUGGUAGAAGAGCAGCUGAAGGGGAAGAUUUUCUUUGGUGGAGAGAAAAUUGAUUUUCUGGAUCUAGCAUUUGGUUGGAUAGCUAAUUUCAUUAGUGUCCUACAAGAGGUAACUGGUCAAAAGGUGAUUGACUCGGAGAAAUUUCCAUUUUUAUCAGCAUGGAUGGAGAAGUUUUCAGAUGAUCCAGUAAUCAAUGAAUGCGGGCAACCUCGAGAUAGGUUAAGUACUAAGUUCAAAGCAAUGCGUGAGGCAUACCUCGCAGCGGCUACACCUAAAUGA